GUGCGCGAUAUAUGGACGACACAUCACUGUUUGCUGAACUGGCAAUUGGGUGUGGCAAGUAUGUGCCUGUGGGUGGUGCACUCUUAAAAUGUUCAACACUCUGGUUGCCUGUGAGCGACUAAACUGCUCUUGUCGGCCAAGAUACUUCCAGAGCUGUGCAACCUGUUCAUCACCAUGGGGGCAGCAGUGGGUUUCCGAAGUGGAUUGUCAAGAAAUUGGACUGGAUCCCUCUCGGAACUGAAUCACUGCAGACCGCAUCUUGGUCGAGGCUUUUUGAGCUGGCAUGACGGAGAAUCAAAUUUGUCGGAACCUGAUGACAUGAAGAUAUUUAGAGGAAAUGUGGUAGAUUAUGUUAGGUCCUCGAGUUCUGUUGGCACUUCAUUGUUAAAAUUUCGUCAUCUCUUACGAACUAUUCACAAGAGCCUUAGCGAUGAGAACGUGCCUCAUGGAAUUGCACACGAAGAACAAAAUUCACCAUCCUUAUCCCCAGCGAGAAACAACCAUGUGCAAAACACGGAUUACCUGACUUCCGCUGACAGUUUAAUUGAAUCCUUAUUUGAUGAUCAUUUGGAACGUAUGCUUCUCCAUUCUCGAAGGCUUUAUUUCCACCAACGAUCCAAGCGACGGAACUGCGCUAGCGAAAGCGAUUUAAGGUGGUCUUCAUUGGACGACUUAAAUGCAUUUCCACUGGAAUCCAAUUCAUCUCAGCCUCGCGAAUUUAAAGAUGAAAAAGCCAGUUCUCAAGACACUAAAUCAACUUCAGACCAGUACGUAGACAAAAAACAGUGCGCAACGGAGAAAAGUGCUCCACUCGUUACUCACUUCCCUAGUUCCAUACCAGUGGACAUCUACGGUACAGAUACGAAAAACGAGAGCGAGCUAACCGCAAGUGAUUACAGAAUAGAAGAGCAAACAAACAAACUUGAAGAAGUAAGCCCAGAUGUUGCACAACCGCCGUCAUCAGAAAUGGCUGAAAGGUCUUUGUCGGAAAAUUAUCUUUGUGUUUGUGCUAGCCUGCAAAAAGUUGCUGAAUAUGGGAAAGAGGAGCCGGUGAUUAUGUUGGAAGUUGCCAAAGCCACCGAUUCCCUGAAUAGUCUAGAAAUUGGAUUAAAGGACCGGAGUGCCUCCAUAGAGUUCGAAGUCACGCAACCGACAACCAAGUUGCAAAAAUCAGUCAUUUUUGCCGACGAGGUUGGACAAUCUCUCACGGAAACUUUUGUCUUUCACAGAGAAGAGUCGUUCAAAUCAUAUGUGUUGAUUGCAGGUACAGGUUUACCAAGAAUCCAAGUCGCCACAAAUUUCCAAUGUUGCACCAAUUACAUUGAUUAUAUUGAUUCCCAUAAACGCUUUAAUCUCUCUUCAAGCAUUUAG